CAGCUCUGUCCUCUGCUCCCGACUUGGACGGACGGCGAAUACACAGUUUGAGAGCUGCAGUACGCCGUCCGAGUGUCACCAGCCACUGCACAGGAUCCUCCGACGGCGUUGCUGUGGAUACGAGGAGAGCACCCGGCUUUGGGGUUCUGUCACAUGUUGCAGGCUGACUGCCUACCAAUCCUGGCUGUUGAUCCUGCUAGAAUCCAGCAUCAAUCACAGCAGUGGUGAGCCACGACGAACCACUCAUCCCAAAUGUAAAACGGCCGCCGGCCUCCCCGCCCACAGACUGCAUACCGCAUAGCUGCACUCUGCUUCUCCAGACGCCGGCCUGCUCGUGCGCCACAGGUUGGCUCCGAGAUCUGGGUGGAACCCAGACGGAGGCUUGGGAGGCCCAGCAGCCAGCAGCAUCGACGUCAUCCCGCACAGCUUUACCCCAUAGCCCUCUGGCUUCCCCUCUGUAUCCACCCCUGGCUCCGCCGCCAUACAUACAUACAAUACAGUACACGGCAGUCAACAGAAGGAAGUCUUGUUAGCAGAAGUACCAGCAUUGCCUUCUCCGAUGCAGGCAGGCCAGGGGCCAGACAGCGGGCACAUUGCAACAGCUUCGUUUCCGCGGGCUUCUCUCGACCAGCCUGCUCGCAUCUGUACCUAGGCCUUUGUCAAGCGGCACCGCAUCCAAUUGGCGGCCUUCCAUACCUAGACUGACCCAAGCCGCUUGUCGUCCUUCACCUCGAGCAUCACCAGGCGGGGCUCGAUACCCGCCCGGCCUCCGUGCCCACUUGCCCACCUACCCCAACCUGCCAUGUCUGCCCCAGAUCUGCGACCCCUUGUACCGGAGCACUUGGCCCGUUAUGCUACUGGCUGUAGUGCCCUCUGUCUAUCACUGCCCAUACUCAUUGCGGCCGACAGCGUCCCGCCAGGUCACACCCAGGGCCACAAAUGGAUGUAUCGUUGUGAGCGUGACUGCAUGGUUCGUUCCCGCCUGAGUUUGCGGUCUCAGCGUGGGCCGCAAGACAUCAGCUUCGGCUUCACAAUGAAUCUAAUCAGUGGAAUCACUGUUACGCGGAUUUUGUAUAAAGAGGCUGGUCUCAGGAAUAAAGAAAGGGCGAAUACAGCGUAUACAGCGUGUACAGCAUACAUAAUGUAACCAUCUAUAGAGCGGAUAGUUGGUGUUUGCUGACUUCAAUGUUCUUCGAACCUCGUCUUGCCUGCAUGCCAGCUCAUCCGGCCGCCCUUCCAUACCGACAGCCGCACCAGGCGGGCAGAGUCUCGUGGGUUUUGCAUAAGUAUUAAAACCAGUUGGUGCGGCCGUGCCCGCUUUGACAACGAACAUCCCCAUCUGACUUGAGUUUCUCGAGCUUAUCGCUAGAUCACGCAUGCACUCCCGCCUCCAGACACGCCCGGGACUUUGUUUUCCUGUAUCCGUGUUGCCCGAGUCAACGGUGAGCUCGAAGACACUCCUUCCUACCCGAAAGGCAUCUUAGACGGCCGUCCAGCCGUAUCUCGCUCUCCUCGCUUGAGACACGAUCGCCCCCGGCCUCAAACUGACGUCCUUGUGACCACAUACCCAAACUACCCUACAUUUGCAUUCGCCCUGUCCCACAGUUAUCACAUCCUCCUCAUCAAUUGUUCAUAGGAGCGCCGUGCGUGCUGGACUGACCCUCCAUCCCCGUGUGUGUGCUCUCAUGAUACUGUCAAGCUUUACUUGACAACCAGUUAUUAGACUGUCCCCCUGUUUCUCUGCUUCCUCGCCCUUGGGCCUUGGUCUUUGGACCCCCACGUUCCAACCAAGUCGGCACAAACCCAAAUAGUACAACUCAGUCCCUCCCGUGCCUCUCAAGGCCGCCACCGAAGCUUGCCAUGUCCUUGCUGGCGACUGCCCAGACGGAGCAAUUUUCACGAGGCGAUACUGCAGCCGAUGUCCCAGCCAACAUGGUGGACAGCCCUCGUGCAGAGAGGAAAAGCCUCAUCCUAGGCUCGGCAGCCGACAACGCCCCCGGCCAGGCAUUGAACAUGGUCAUCAGGCAGGACCCCUUCUCAAUGACCCUGGACGCCAACGCCCUCCUCGCCGGCUCGCUGUUCCUCAUCAUGGGCAUGCACUUUGUGCCCCAGUUCCUGCUCGAGUCCCUCAUCCUCGCCGUGCCCAUCCUCCUGCUCGUCUGGAACGACUACCAGAACUUCCUCCGCCUGGGGCCGGGCGGCACCCCGCCGACCCUGUCGGGCUACGCGCGGCUGGCCUGGUUCCGCCUCUUCAUCCUCCGGGACCCCUUCAGCGCCCCCUCGCCGGCCGCCGUCUCCCGCCCGGCCGCCGGGGUCCUGGCCUCGCAGAACCUGCCCUACCGGCCCGGGCCCCGGCCCACGGUGGCCGGGCUCGCCCCGCAGCGGCAGCUGGACCAGCACGGGUCCAGCGCCGCCUUCGCCGCGCUCAAGAGGGUCAUGAGCAGGCUGUCCGCCGCGCAGGCCGCGAGGUUCGGCAUCGCGACCUCGUGCAUCGAGAAGCACGGCUUUGCCCUCUUCUCCCGCCACCCGGUCAACGUCUGCGGCAACGGCGAGGUCUGCCACCUCCACAACUCGGACCGGAGCAUGCACAUGAACCUGCACCCGGACGACAUCGCUGAGGUCCUCGCCAAGGGGUGGGGCCAGCGACACCCGAUGGCCUGGGGGAAGGGGGACAACAGGGAGGCCGUCAGCGCCGCCAAGGCCUGGAUGAUGCCGAGGAGCCCGUUGCCUGAGACUUUUGUCCUAGUUUAUGCUCCACGGGACGACACCGACCUGCGGGUGGUGCUGAAAAUCAUCGAGUCGGCCAUCUGGUACACGGUCGAGGAGCGUGUUGACCUGGAAUCUCUGCUGGAACAGUAGUGCCGAGCCCCAAACCUAUGAGGGAAUUCGGCUUGGACAAGCUGUAAAUGAGUAGAGAGACGCACAGGGAGAACAGCACUGAGAUCGGAAUCGAGAAAGGAAUCAAGAAUCAAGAAAGAAGCCUCCCAGCUCCAUCGCUUGCGCUGGGCAAUCACUGACGCACGGCGACAGUCACCUGUUCCUGCCUGCCUCUUCCAGAGCAAACAAACACCACGCUCGUCCUUCCGCGGCCCGACCGGUUUCAAACCGCGUGUCGCGUGGUUUUUUAUCUCAUCGUCCGGACUGUGAGUCUUCACAUCCUCCACGUGUUGAUCCCUAACACUCCAGGGAUGAUCUGGAUUCUUGGGCGUUCAUCCACAACAUUUUUGCGCGCAUAAAUUUUGCUUAUGUGGACAACUGAAAACGGAGCACCAAAUUGCGAACACGGCGUUCGGGAACCGGAUCGGCCCAUCAUGGCUGGGAGUUGGUGUCAUGGUGUUUUGCUUUUCAGCGGGAAUUCUGUUCUAUUGUCGCAGAUUGGUACCUAUAUCGACUAUAUAGCAGCAAAACCGUUUAAGACGCAAGUGUCCCUCAUGAGCUGUGUCAAGCCGUCCUUGCGCCAUAGGUCUUCCGAUGUACGCCGUAAAAGGACUAGGAGUUUCUCCUCACCAUUACUAACUCACCUCACCCUUCGGACUCCCUUAGUCAUCCUCGCCAGCGUCGUCAUUGUUGUCCUUGGACCUCUGGAACUUUAGUCGCCCACUUGGGAUGUAGGCCUCGACCCGCUGGCCACCAAAGGCCCGGCCAUCCAUCAGCUCCACGCACGCGGCGGCUGACUCUGGCUUCUUGUACUUGACGCUCACGACGCCGUCUUCCUCGAGGUCGUACAGCACCACGUUGGUCACCUCGCCCAGCUUCUCGCACUCCUCGCGGAUGUCCUCCUUGAUCUCCAACAGCGCCGCCGGGUCGUCCUCGAGCUCCUGCAGCGUGAACAUGUGUUUGAGGAUGACCAUCUUGUCCUUCUUGCCCGUUCGCUGCUCGGGCGGCACGUAGGCAGCCUCGUCGUCGGACCAGUCGGCCAGCUUGGCGUCGAGCUUCUGCGUCUUCUUGAUCACCUUCUCCCGGUCCUUGCCGCCCCCGCCCUUGCCGCCGUUGUUCUGCUGCUGUCUUGACGACCCAGCAGCACCACCGUCUUUGGCCUCGCCGCCCGCCUCACCUUCUGCUGUGUACUGCGUCUUCUUGUAGCUAGACUCGGCGGCCUGCACCCGCAUCUUGCCCGAACCCAGGCCGGUGUCGCUAUAGCGGAAGUGCGAGUCGUCCAGCAGCAUGAUGGCCAUCUCGACGCUCGGCGGCUUGAAGAAGACGAUGAGUGCGUCCCCCUUGAAGUUGCCCUCGGCAUCCGAGUAUAGCUUGAUUCGCGGCCGCCCGCUGUCGAUCUCCUCGGCGAUGACGCCGCACUUGCGGCCAAACACCUCGGCGACCUCAUCGACCGUCACGUCGAGGGGCAGGCCGGUGACGUAGAUGGCCCUGUUCUGGGGCGGCUGUUUUUGAGUAUUUUGUUUCUUGUUUUUGCGUUGUUUGUUGGAGGCAGAGGAGGAGCCAUGAUUGUCCUGGUCCUGGAGUAGCGCGGGGUGCGUGUCAGUUUGUCACCAGAUUUGUUUUCCCAUAAGCAGUUGAACUCGGCAUGGUACUGUUGCUUUCUGGUCCCUGCUGCACGUUUCUUCUCCAAUGCAUAAUUCGGUGGGAUUUUCAAGGCGACUUGGCUCAAUCGAGGUAGUGUUCAAGGAGGGUCCCGACCACCUUGGACGGACCAGCGUGCGCAGCUUACCUCGACUUGGUCUUGCUUCCGCUUUUUGCCGUUGCUAGGCUGGGCACUGCUGUCUGCACCUGAUUCUUGUGCAUUGCCAUAGGCGUCUUGAUGCUGUUGUAUGAAUGCUUCCUCAUCCUCGUCUGCGACCGGGAUCCAGCGCUUCAGCUGGUGAUCAAACUCGAACUCGGUGCCGUCGGAUUCCUGAACAGCGAUGAACUUGUUGUCUAGCUUGGAGAACGAGAUGCGGUCGUCAUUCUCGAACUCGGCUGGAUCUGUCGGGAAGGUGAAAACCUCCGCGACCGAUUGCUCUGUCAUUUUGCUGCGAAUCAGUGUCCUGAGAGUUGGGCACGACACGUCGAAGAGAGUCCCCAGAUUGGGCGCGAAGGAAAGCGUCAAUGUUG